AUGUUUGCUCGAGUUACUCGCAUCGCGACACUUUCUGCCGCUCGCCGCACGCCGUUCGUGGGUGUGAGGGCAUUGCAGACCCGCAAGAAUUCUUCUCUUGUUACAUUUCUCAACCGUGAGAUUCAGGAAGAGAAGGCCAAUUGUUUUGAAGAACCAGAACUAGAAGAAUUACGAGCAAAAGUGGAGAAAACCUUUUGUUUGCAUGAGUCUCCUACUUGCAUGGAGAUCCUGCUCAAGGGCUCUGUAGGUGACGAUUCGAUUAAGAUCAAGUUUAAUGCCCAGGACACUGUCGAGCUCGAAGACGAUGAGGAGGAUUACGAUGAGGAGGAGGACAAGGAACAGGAGCAGGAACAGGUUGAGGAUGAGGGAGAUGAAGAAGAAGAAGAAGAUGAACUUCCUGGUGUCCACUUCACAGCUGAUGUGACCCGUGACAACAAGGGACUGCAGUUCGAUUGUGUAGCUGGCAGCAACCUCACGAUUGAGCGUGUGCGGUACUUGAAGGAUUUUGCCAAAGACGACGAGAACGAGACGCUGUACUUUGGUCCGAACUUUAUUGACCUGGAGCUCGACGUGCAAGACAAGUUUUACAGUUACCUAGCUGAACGCAAAAUUGACGACGAACUGGCGCAAUUCAUCUCGCAAUUCGCCGACCUGAAGGAGCAACGCGAGUACCUGACCUUCCUCGAGGACGCUGCGGCCUUUGUCAAGCAUUAA